AUUCCUUAUCUUUCGCCUCAUUAGCUCUUGUCAUUCGUUAUCACCAGUUAUCAGCACUCCCCUGGAAUCUUCUGAACCUAAAUGGCCAGCACGUUACAUGCGAGAUUGGUGAGAGACUUAUAAAGAUGACGGGCGCGCACCAGCUUGGCUGAGCAUUCUUGGACUUUCUGGUGAUCGUUCGCCGAGGCAUCAUUACUGUCCUGCCAUCUUGUCUUUGGGUACUUUUGUGGUCGUCCCCGCAUUCUCCACGAGGUGACACCCAACGGAGCUACGGUGCUUUAGGGUUGUUCUUCUCGCACUUCGGUGACACGACAGCUACCAGGAUGGCUGACACGGAGAACACGGGUCAUGCAGGGCGCAACAUGUCCAAGGAUGAAGGUCGGCUGCGAGAGCUGGGUUACAAACAAGAACUCCAGCGUGAUUGGUCGAUGAUGCACAAUUUCGGCGUCUCCUUCAGUAUCAUCUCCGUCAUCACCGGUAUCACCACGCUUUUCGAAUACGGUCUCACCACUGGAGGGCCCGGAGUGAUGUCUGCAGGAUGGCUGAUUGUGAGCUUCUUCACAAUGUUUGUGGGUCUUGGAAUGGCAGAGAUCGUGAGCGCUAUACCAUCAGCUGGAGGACCGUAUUUCUGGGCUGCUAUACUAGCUCCUAAGAAAUGGGCUCCAUUUGCUUCCUGGGCAACUGGUUGGUUCAAUCUAUUGGGACAGGUCGCCGUUACGACCGGUAUAACAUUCGGCUGUGCCGGGCUCGUUUCCACAUUAGCCAGCGUCAAUGGCUACGUCCCUUCCGCGGGGAAGACUUUGGGUAUCUAUGCGGCACUUCUCUUCUCGCACGGUUGCGUCAACUCGUUUGGUGUACACAUUCUACGGUAUUUGAACAACACCUCGAUCGUCCUACAUUCCCUCGGGGUGUUUGCUUUCGCCGUGGCUGUGGUGGCCAAGGCUCCUCAUCACCAAUCAGCCAAAUUUGUUUUUUCAACUUUCUAUGACGGUACCGGUGACCCAGGCUGGUCAAUCCGGGCUUCGCCAGCCUAUGUUGCUUGCAUCGGUAUCCUAAUGUCCCAAUACACCAUCACAGGUUUUGAUGCAAGCGCGCAUCUGUCAGAGGAGACACAGAAUGCAUCAUGGUCGGCUCCACUUGGGGUCUUGAUGUCAAUUGGAGUCUCUGCUGUGUUCGGAUGGUUUCUUAUCCUCUGCCUCCUGUUCAGCAUUCAGGACUUCGACCACACCGUCGCUUCGGAUUACUCGCAGCCAGUCCUGCAGAUCCUGAUCGAUAUCUUCGGAAAAGACGGAGCCAUCGUCCUCUUCACUCUUGUCAUCAUCUGCGUCUGGCAUUGUGGACUAUUCUCCUUGACAUCCAACUCGCGAAUGAUGUUCAGCUUCGCCAGAGAUGGUGGAAUCCCGCACUUUUUCCACAAGGUCGACGCUCGCUUCAGAGCCCCCAUCCGCACAAUUUGGCUUGCAGCAUUCCUGGCCUUCCUUCUUGCCGUUCCCAGCGUGGGUUCGUCAGUGGCAUUCUCUGCAGCAACUUCCAUUGCCACAAUCGGCCUGUAUAUAUCUUACGGCAUACCUAUCUUGAUUGGCAUGAUCAAUCCGGCGGGAUUCAUUCACGGACCAUUCAACCUGAAGUGGGCUUCCCGGCCUAUCGCCUUGGUCGCUUGUGGCUGGAUUGCUUUCAUCUCCAUUGUGUUCUGUCUUCCCGAGCUCAACCCGGUCAACAGCCAAACUCUCAAUUAUACGCCCGUCGCAGUCGGUAUCAUAGGCUUGUGGGUGCUUGCCAGCUGGUUCCUCUGGGCUCAUAAAUGGUUCUCGGGGCCCAUCAGACAAAUUGAGGCGGAAGUUGCUGGCGUCAAUGUUGACGACCCUGCGGCGAUGGCUCGGGCAGAACAGGAAGGCAGGGUCCCACAAAUUGAAGCGCUGGAAGGCAGCAAAGAGAAGAGCUUGUUGGCGGCCAUGAAGCAUAACUUCAACCGAACUUGAGGAUGAUUAUAUUGACCUGGUAUGUACAUGAGGGAAAGUAUGACAUAUUUCGACUUUGUGGUCAAUUGCUUUUUGAUACCCAUGGAGCACUAGGUACUGGAUGAAUAAAUUGCUAUGUACAAGAGUCGAAAAACACAGGCCUGUUAUGUUGGAUAUAUGGACAUGAUUAAGUCUAGAUAGUAAACCUUUCCUAAA